AUGGAUGUUAUGGUUCUUUAUAGGAUGAUACCCCAAACAGAAGGUAUAAUGUCAAUUAAAAAACUAUUAGAUUAUUUUAAAAUAAAAAAAUUGAAUGGUAAAUAUUUUCAUCAAGUACAUGUUGGUGCUAUGGGUUCUACAUUAACAUUAACAAUUGCUAAUUGUUAUAUGUACUUUUAUGAACGAGAUAUUGUUAAACAAGUGAACAAUAGCAAUGGACUCUAUUUACGAUGUAUUGAUGAUAUUCUCAUAAUUAUUAAUUGGCCGAUUCAACAUCUUUCUAAACAAAUUAAUCGAUGGAAUGAAUUAGACUUGAUUAUAAAAUUAAAAGCUCAAGUUGGUCAUUCAACAAAUUUUCUUGACUUAUACAUAGAAAAUAAAAAUGGUGAAUUGUUUACAAAACUUUAUCACAAACCAUCCUAUGAAGCAUAUUAUUUACCAUUUAAUGGUGUUCAUCCAAUACAUGCAUAUGAAAAUGAAUAUUCCAUAUGCUAUGUUAAUUCGUGCGAUUAA